CCCACAGGCUCCAUCCGUUUCCCAUCCCUCCAGGAUGAGAGAGGUUUGGGUUCGGCUUUUCCCCUCUCCCUGUAGUUGAUAGUUUUGGAACUGGAGGUGAUGCUGGAGGCGAGAUGGCAGACAGCGUGAAAACCUUCCUGCAUGACCUCGUCAGGGGAAUUAAGGACUCCAUCUGGGGCAUCUGCACCAUCUCGAAGCUGGAUGCCCGCAUCCAGCAGAAAAGGGAAGAGCAGAGGCGGAGGAGAGCCAACAGCGCGCUGGCCCAGCGGAGGUUUCACUUGGAAGAGAAGAAGCAAGAGAGUGAACCCCGGAUAGUGAGCCGGAUAUUUCAGUGUUGUGCCUGGAACGGAGGCGUGUUCUGGCUCAGUCUCUUCUUGUUCUACCGCGUGUUCAUACCUGCCCUUCAGUCCGUCACGGCGCACAUCAUUGGCGACCCUUCCCUGCACGGCGAUGUCUGGGCCUGGCUGGAGUUCAUCCUCACCUCCAUCUUCAGUGCUCUCUGGGUCCUGCCCCUCUUUGUCCUCAGUAAGGUCGUCAACGCCAUCUGGUUUCAGGAUAUUGCGGAUCUCGCCUUCGAAGUGUCCGGCAGGAAACCUCACCCCUUCCCCAGCGUCAGCAAAAUCAUCGCCGACAUGUUGUUCAACCUCUUGCUGCAGGCGCUCUUCCUCAUCCAGGGAAUGAUUGUGAGCCUCUUCCCCAUCGAUCUGGUCGGCCAGCUGGUUGGGCUCCUCCACAUGUCACUGCUGUACUCGCUCUACUGCUUCGAGUACCGCUGGUUUAACAAAGGAAUCGAGAUGCACCAACGCUUGUCCAACAUCGAGAGGAACUGGCCCUACUACUUUGGCUUCGGCUUGCCGCUCGCCUUCCUCACGGCAAUGCAGUCGUCCUACAUCAUCAGUGGUUGCCUCUUUUCCAUCCUCUUCCCCCUCUUCAUCAUCAGCGCCAAUGAGGCGAGG